AUGGGAUGCCUGGAGGGCUGCUUCGCAUUUUCCGCCCGGAAGCGGGACGAGGGGAAUUCGAAGAGCCGAGCACCUGACUUACGAAUCCUCACCGUGAACGAUGUCUACAAGCCCGAGAGGUUUGCCCUAGUCCGAAGCCUUGCGAGCGACUUUCAGUGGCCGCGCUGCAAGCUGGUGCUCCCCGGGGAUGUGCUGGGUGGGUCCCUCUUCGCCAGCGAGCACAGGGGCGAGUCCACGGUGGAAGUACUGAAUGCCACAGGGGUGGACUACUGCUGCCUGGGCAACCACGAGUUCGACUACGGCGGGGAGCGGCUGCGGGAGCUCAUGAGCCUCAGCCGCUUCCCUUGGCUGGGCUCCAACGUGCGGGAGGCAAGCUCGGGGGAGCUGUUCCACAGCACGGUGGACACGGAUAGCUUUGAGGUGCCACUGGAAGGAGGCGCCGUGCGGGUGGGGCUCUUCGGGCUCUGCACGGCCGCCACGCCCCAGCUGUCGCAUCCGGGGCAAGGCAUCCGCUUCGAGGAUCCCAUCCGCCAGGCCCACAGAUGCAUCAAGCUGCUGCAAGCGGAGGGGUGCGAAGUGAUUUUGGCGCUGACUCACUUGAGCCUCCACCAGGACAAGGAGUUGGCCCAAGCCUGUCCUGCUCUCACUGCCAUCCUGGGUGGCCACGAUCACGACCCCUUCUUCCUGGUGCAUCACGGCGUCCUCAUCGCCAAGUGCGGGCAGAAUGCGGACCACUUGGGGGUGCUGGAUUUCCACUUCCACCGCUCGCCUUCCGAUUCGCUGUCGGGGCUGUCAGUGGCACACUCCUUCCAGCUACAGACCACUAGCCAGGUGGCGCCAGACCCCACGGUGCUACGAGCCAUCGACAAGUGGAAGGUCAAUGGAGACCAGGAUGUGCUGUGCACCGCCUCGGCGCUCUCCAGCCGCACCGCAGAGCUCCGGAGCCGCGAGAGCGGCUUCGGGUGCCUCGUGGCGGACGCGAUGCUUUGGGCGGUGCGGCAGAAGGAGACCUUAUCGGUGCAGGGGGCCAUCAUCAACGGCGGCUUUAUUCGCCAGGACCGCGAGUAUCCUCCAUUCACUGGACUGACCGUCCAGGAGGUGAAGGAAGAGAUGCCUUUCCCCAAGCACCCGGCGGUCGUGCGCCUCACCGGGCGCCAGUUGCUGGUCGCCCUGGAGGAGUCUCUCAGAUCAGCACCGACCCCAGUGGGGUGCUUUCCUCAAUUGUCGGAAGGCAUGAAGCUGAGAUACAACUUUCGCGCACCACCUCUCCAGAGAAUCCGAAGAUUGGAGAUCGAUGGUGCCGAAGUGGACCCAGACCGGGAGUAUCUGAUUGUGAUAAAUUCUUUGUUUCAUGAGAUAUGUGCCGAUGGCAUUCAAACCUUCCAUAGCAGCCCAUGUGUGUACCACCAUGAUGAGUUGAUCCGGGACGUCGUUGUCAAAUACUUGCGCUGGCGGCGCCAUGUGACCGGCGAAUGCCCACAUCGCCUAACGGCGGAAGAGCCAGAGCCGCUGGCCAGGGGCUCAGAGGAUGGAUGCUGCCUGCUGGUGGCCGGAUGCAGAAUGGCGCGAAGCGGCAAGGGGCACCAUCAUCAGCACCACCACCGCGCAGAGCCGCAUCCAGAGCCAGAGGUGCGCCACCAUCACCACAAGAAGCACGCGGCCCGAAGGCCGCGCUAUGAGGAGGAGGUCGACGACGACAGAGACGAAGAGAAGCUGGCACCUGCACCUGAGGAUGAUCAGCGUCAAAGUCAGGACCUGGACGCCUGGGACACGGAGGACGACGUGAAGCUUCCGGAGCCGGUGCGCCAUGUGCGUCGCGGCCUGGACGACCUGGAGGCGGACGAGGAGGAACAGUCCUGGGAGGACGACCUAGAAGACGAGCAUCCCAGGCGGCGGCCCUCAAAACAUGCCCGGCCGAGAACGCCAUUGCCGGAAGUGGACGAUGCCAGCGAAGCAGAUCAGUCCAGUGAGAGAAUAAUCUGCCUGGGCCGGCCGCUGACACGGCUCCUGCGGCCGUCAGCGUCACCCACCCACCAAAGCGUCAAGACGCAGCAGCCCGCGGGCCUCAGAGGACCACAGCGGCCGCGGCGACCGCCACAGCUGCCCCAGCGGCCACGGCUGCAGCGGCCACGGCGGCGGGCGCGCCGGGCCCCGUGCAAGCGGGGGGCUCUGGCCGUAGUUGGCUCCUGCCCUGCUUCGGCUGGGCCAUUGUGCUGGUGGUGGUUAUCCUAA